CGUAAUUGUAUGUAUAUCAUAUGAACUUAAAGUAUGUGUAGUAUCAAUAUAAAUAUUUUAUAAAAAAUGAGAGAUAUAAACUAGAAAUAUAAGAUUAAUUAUACAUAUGUUCGGUUAUUUUCGGAUAUCCAUUCGGGUUCGGAUAUUAUCCGUUCGGGUUCGGGUAUCCAAUCUCUUUUUAUUCAAUACCCGUUCGGGUAUUUUGCUACUUCGGUUCAGAUUUCGAUUCAGGUUUUUCGGAUUGGGUUCGGAUGCCACUUCGGAUAUCGGGUAAAAUGCCCACCCCUACAUAAAAGAAUGUGCAAACAAUUUGAUAAGCAAAUUUCUAUAUCAGAAUUCUUGUAAAAGUGUUCAAGAGACAAAACUGUACAUGAGAUUUGUCUAAAAAACGAGAUUACAACAGGGAAAAUGCGAAAGAAGCCAUCAAAAUCUAACUGAGUUCGCUAGACUAAUCACUUACAUCUAAAAUUCCCUGAUGGGAAUAACAGCUCAGCAUAGCUAUAUUUUUUUCUAAAAAAAGAAAAAAAAAGUACGAAGCUAUGAGUUCUAUGCAAUAUUAUCAAACUUGAACAACUAAUUUAGUUCCAGACGGGAGAAUCACUUAAUGAUUAUUAUCUCUUUAAAAAGUUUUACUUUACCAAAAGACAUUCAUUUAAACUAGGGAAAAUUCCUUAAAAAUACCCAGACUGAAUUUCUUUUGCUACUUUAAUACACGAACUUUUUAGGCUCCCCAUUUAAAAUACAGACUAAGUUGCGUUACCCAAAAAAUACAUCAACUUUUGAAUUUCAGAAGUUUCACACCUCGAUUCUAACAGCGUUAACUCUGUUUACUAGAGAAUCAAGACGACGUUAAUUUUUUAAUUAGACACGUGAUUGAACCGUUAAUCCUCGGGUUCCUUCAUCAAAAGCCCCAAAUCAAAAAAAGAACAAACCCUAAUUUCAUUCAACUCUUUAUUUCCCAGAAAUCCCUCAAAUCGAUGGCUAAGAGUGAAGGCUCGAGUUCUAGUGCAAGGUCAUCCUAUAAGAAGAAGGUCGACGGUCCGUUAUGCUACUGUAAUAAGAGAUCGACUCCGGCGAAGGCAUGGACAGAUGACAAUCCAGGUAGAAGGUUUUGGUGCUGCGGUUCUCAUGGGUUCGUCGAUUGGAUUGAUAAGCAGGCGCAAAAUGAAUGGCAGAAACAGAGUUUACUGGAGGCGAAAGGCGUGAUGGAUCGUCAGAGAGAAGAAAUCAGAAAUCUGAAACAGUUGCUUAGCACAGCUUCUCAACCAGCCACAUCUGAAGAUUCAACUGCAUUAUUGUUGGAGGAAGGGGACAGACUCGCAGAGGAGAAGAAAAACAAUGUUUAGAGAAGAAGAACAAUGUUUAGAGAAGAAGAGAGUCUAGAGCAAUUCGAUUGUGGGGUAAAUGAAAUUAGGGUUUGUUCUUCUUUCAAUUUGGGGCUUUUGAUGAAGGAACCCGAUGUUUUAACGGUUUAAUCACGUGCUUAAUUAAAAAAUUAACGUCCUCUUGAUUCUCUGUUAAACAGAGUUAACGCUGUUAGAAUCGAAGUGUGAAACCUCUGAAAUUUAGAAGUUGAUGUAUUUUAUGGGUAACGCAAUUUAGUCUGUGUAUUAAAUGAGGAGCCUAAAAAGUUCGUGUAUUAAAGUAGCAAAAGAAAUUCAGUCUGCGUAUUUUUAAGGAAUUUUCCCUUUAAACUAAUUGAUUUUCGUCUUCUGUUUCACGUGUUCUGUCCUCUCGAAAAAGAAAAGAAAAGAGAAGGAAGGUCAAAAGAAAAAAGGUUUAUUUAUUUGCCACUAAUCAAACAUGGAUCUGUAAGAAAGAAGCCAUUGGCGACUAGCGUUGACCCUUUAUCUCUCUCUUUCUCUCUUUAGCCAUGGUUGCUCUGCGUUUCAUCUUCUCAUCAUCUUUUCUUCUUCUUCAUCUUCUUAUCACUCAAGCUCAGCCCCACUCUCUCAAUAAGCCCACCUCAACAUUCUCGAUUCAAGAAGCCACUGUUGAUGACAUCAGAGUUGCUUUCAAGGAGAAGAGACUGACAUCAAAACAGCUCGUCGAGUUCUAUCUCAAAGCAAUCUCCAAACUCAACCCGACGCUCCACGCCGUCAUCGAGACGAACCCAGAUGCGUUAGUCGAUGCAGAGAUGGCAGACAAAGAACGCCAGCUCAAAGGCGUCACUAAGCUUCCCAUGUUGCACGGUAUUCCGGUUCUGCUCAAAGACAACAUAUCCACGACAGACAAGCUUAACACAACGGCUGGUUCCUUUGCUUUGCUUGGUUCGGUCGUCCCUCGUGAUGCGGGUGUUGUCAAGAGGCUCCGAAGAUCUGGUGCUGUGAUAUUGGGCAAAGCCAGUUUAAGCGAAUGGGCUCACUUCCGAUCUUUUUCCAUCCCAAAUGGUUGGAGCGCACGUGGCCUCCAAGGAAAGAAUCCAUAUGUUUUAUCAGCAGAUCCAUCGGGGUCAAGUAGUGGAUCAGCUAUUUCUGUAGCAGCAAAUCUUGUGGCCGUAUCACUAGGGACUGAAACUGAUGGUUCCAUUCUUGCUCCAUCCAGUCAGAACUCGGUGGUCGGGAUUAAACCAAGUGUCGGGCUCACAAGCCGAGCCGGGGUGGUCCCUAUCUCCUUGAGACAGGACAGUGUUGGGCCAAUAUGCAGAAGAGUUUCAGAUUCUGUUCAUGUACUUGAUGCUAUUGUGGGUUAUGAUCCAUUGGACGAGGCCACCAAGACCGCUUCUAAGUACAUACCCAAAGGCGGUUACAAGCAAUUUUUGAGAGCUAAUGGCCUCAAGGGUAAGAGAUUAGGCGUUGUGUUUGGUUCUCUUCUUGAUCAUGACAUCAAAACACUAAGACAAGAAGGAGCCAUCGUCAUUGAAAAUUUAACGAUACCAUACACAGAUAGCGGUGAAAUGACAGCACUUUUGGCUGAGUUCAAAAUCUCUCUUAACGCAUAUCUUAAAGCGCUUGUGAAAUCGCCAGUCCGAUCCUUAGCAGACGUUAUUGCCUUCAACAAAAAAAUUGCUAAAAAGGAAAAGGUGAAAGAAUGGGGACAAGAGGUCUUCCUUGAAGCAGAAACAACCAAUGGAAUGGGUGAUAAAGAAAAAGCAGCGUUGCUUACAAUGGAAGAAUUUUCGAGGAAUGGAAUCGAAAAGCUAAUGAAAGAGAACAAGUUAGAUGCGAUAGUGACAUAUGGUUCAACGUUGAGCUCUGUCCUCGCCAUUGGAGGGUAUCCAGGAAUCACCGUCCCUGCAGGAUAUGAUAGUGAAGGAGUGCCGUUUGGGAUUAGCUUUGGAGGAUUGAGAUUCUCAGAGCCAAAGCUCAUUGAGAUUGCUUAUGGCUUCGAACAAGCAACUCUCAUUAGGAAACCACCCAAAUUCAAAGCUUGAGGCACCUGCGAAGUUGAUACUUGGAGAAAAUAUAUAUUUCCUGUGUACAAUUAUUCGGGGACUCUAGGUUGUUUUGCUUGUUUUAAUCUCGGUGUAUUUUGUGGUCCGUUGUUUAGGACUUUUGUUUCCUUCGAUUGGGCUUAGUUUUUCAGGGAGAUAUCUUUGCAAUAUGAAUCAUAUAUCAUUCUA